AUGCCGGGCACUAGCCUCGCUAACAUAAAGCAAGGUGAAGGAGGAAGCCUGGAGAGCUAUAUCCAUAGGUUCAACAUGGAGGCGGCUAAAGUGGGAAGUCUGACCAAGGGAGAACUCAAGACGGAAAUCACGGCUGGAGUGCACCCAAACAGUAAGAUUUGGGAUAAUAUGCUCAAAAGGGAGGUGAACGGCUUAGACGACUUCUACGAAAGCGCACAAAAAUACAUUCAUGUCAAGAAUGGCCAUGAGAACCUAAAGGCAGGGAAAAGUGAAUCCCACGUCAAGCCCUCAGCCUAUGAAGGUUCAAAUGGCGCGAAAAAGAAGAUGGCGUACAAGGGGCCGAGAGAUUACCACCAGAGAAAGCCCAAACGCAGAGGCGACCCUAGACAAAUGUCUUACACCUUCUAUACAAUCAUGUCAGACACCAGAGAACAUAUCUACCUCAUGAAUGAAGGCCAAAUUCCCUUCAUGAGGCCCCCACCGAUGAGAAAAUAUCGAUCCCAAAGGGACCCUAGCAAAUACUGUCACUACCGCAAGGACAUUGGCCAUACUACAACAGAGCGUAUCCAUUUGAAAGUACAAAUUGAGGAGCUCAUACGCAAGGGGCACCUGGGUAGAUAUGUCAGAAGGGAAAAUCAAAGACUGGAGGAGGCGUCGGCAUCACCUCGUGCCCGAGAAAGAGCCUUGGAAGUACAAGGAGAAGUGAGAAUGAUCUUUCGAGGCCCAUGA